AUAACCGUGCCAUAAAGAGAGACACUUUUAGAGAGAAAGAAAGGAAAACAAAACAUAAAACAAAAAUAGCUUCGUUUAUUUAAGUAUCUAUUGCUGAGGCUGUGUAAUUUAUUGACAAGCCAAAAAUGGCAACUUUGCUGGGGAAGGAGCAUGAUUUGAACCUGAAGGAGACAGAGCUAUGCCUAGGUUUGCCUGGUGGAAGCACUGAAGUGGAAACUCCAAGGGCCACCGGAAAAAGAGGGUUCUCUGAGACUCUUGAUCUCAAGCUUAAUCUUCAUUCCAAGGAUGAUAUGAAUGAGAAUUUGAAGGAUGUCUCGAAGGAGAAGACCCUUCAUAAGCCACCAGCUAAGGCACAAGUGGUUGGUUGGCCACCAGUGCGCUCGUACAGGAAGAACAUUAUGUCGCAAAAGAUUAAUAGUGAGGAUGGCACUGAGAAGACAAAAAACAGCACUACUUCUGUGGCAUUUGUCAAGGUUUCCAUGGAUGGCGCACCUUACCUUCGCAAAGUGGACUUGAAAAUGUACAAAAGCUACCAGCAAUUAUCUGAUGCGUUAGUCAAAAUGUUCAGCUCCUUCACCGUAGGAAACUACGGGGCCCAAGGAAUAAUAGACUUCAUGAAUGAGAGCAAGUUGAUGGAUCUUCUGAACAGGUCUGAGUAUGUGCCAACCUAUGAAGAUAAGGAUAGUGAUUGGAUGCUUGUGGGUGAUGUUCCAUGGGAAAUGUUUGUUGAAUCAUGCAAGCGUCUGCGAAUAAUGAAAGGAUCAGAAGCGAUUGGGCUCGCACCAAGAGCCAAGGAAAAAUGCAAAAGCAGAAGCUGAGACUGGCCUAAUACAUAUUCAAUAUCAGAGUCCCGUUUAAAAGUGGAUCUAUAAAAGAUAUAUAAAGCACUUCAGCAGAGACAAAUAUGGAACAAUGUUAUUUGUUUGGAUGUGUCUCUAUUUUGUUUUGAUCGUAUAUAGAUUCAAGUUUAAUUUUAUGGGCAUUUGUACUGAACAAGAAGCAAAUAAACUCAGCCUAUAUAUUAGUCUGGCUUGUUUAUUAUUACUGUUGGCUUGCUAAUAAGCACUUGUUCUGCUAGCUAUG